AUGGAUAUAGCUGCGUCGUUCUUUUCGUUUGAAAAGUUUAAGGUAGGCGCCAGGACGCCCGGAACCAUCUGGCUUCCAAAGCCAAUAAAAGACACUUAUGUGAGUCACACGAAUAGAGUAUAUGAGAAGGAUGGGUACAUGUAUUCAGGAAGCCGAGUUGUCGUCGAACUCGACAACCCCAAUAUAAGGUUGGAAAUCGAAGAAAAGGUUACAAAGAAGUUUGGGUGGGAGCCAGACCUUUCAAAGGAAAGCUGCUAUGCGGUUUAUGCUGUUAUCCACCCCAGCCAACUCUCUAUACAAGAGUUCAGAACAGACAAGCAAGAUAAGGCUUUUGGGAGGUGUGUGAUGGUAUCAGGACAAGAUGUGUUUGCCUUUCUGACACUUGCCACAGAGAUGCAAUUAUCGCUAUUCUUGGAUCAGGAGACCAAAAGUGAUGACGGUCUGUUGACGCUACGAAGUGCUACUUGUCGCCAGACCAGCUUUGCACAUGCUGAAUACGAACCGGUAGUGUUGCCAGGACAGCAGGUGGCAGACAGUUUGGAGCUUGCAUUGUACAUGGAAGAAGGAGAAAUGCCGGAGGUGACAAUGACUGGAGUAAAGAUAGCGUUCCAGGAGUUGAGCUCCACAACGCAAGCCACAAACAACCAAGUCAGCAUAAAAAGAUCAUACUGUGAGUCGCCUUGUUUAGACAAGACAAUGAAAGAAAAGCUAUGCUUUGAAAAACAGAAAAACGGGACGUGGAAGUGCUGCGUGCCCCGUUCCUUCUACCAGUGUGUGUUGCCCAAGCUUGGACCCACGUUUUUCACCAACACUCAGUCCAGAACGUACUCUAUUAAGGCAACCGUGCUGGUGGAAUGUUCAGGAGUCUUCCAGGACCUAACAGUAUAUGAAGAAAUCACUGUUGCCAGCACCAUGUUCAGCAAGAAGCGAGAAAGCUGUCCAGGCCCUCCUCAAAGACAACGAGGCAUCGUCCAUAUUGAAGAGGUACGUAUGGGCCGUGUAUUUGAGCUCGAAGAAAGUGCAAAACAUGUUGAAAAGCUUAGGCAAAUCGGGUAUCAGUAUAUUUGCCAACGUACGGAAGCUAUUAGUUAUGAUGAUAAAGUGCGUGCCGUGAGUGUCAUUACGGUGCUUCCCACAAUGCUUGUCCAGUACAACCAGGAAAAGAUUCCAAACAAGUUGCUUCGCUCCUGGGGGCUUGACAAGUUUGGGUCUCGUUCUUUAACAAAAAGAUCAAAGGCGAUGGUUUGUGAAUAUGCACCUGCGGAUCCACCUUAUGCGAAAUACAUGCUAUACUCUGGUGAAUAUCUUGCGAUUCCUGAGUUUAGCGCGUUUACGACCCACGGCUACUGCUAUGGCUGUACCACGUACUCGAGGCCGUUUUUCUUCAAUAAGAAAAACAAGCUUGUGGUGACGUUUGUCGGGGAGAAUUUGAGCCGAGAGGAACCAGGCCAUGCGGUGUUGCCCAAUGCGAGACUUACGGAUUUUCUCAGGAUUGAGUUGUUUGAUACUAAAGAACAGCCGUCUCGUCUUCAUAUUGACCUUCAUGAGUAUAUCCAGGGGAUGGCUUGA